CAUCGACGUGGCGUGCCCUUCAAGACGCAAGAAACACCGUGGCCCAAGGCCCGACUUUCUCGUCCCAUGCUCAGAACAAAAAACUCCCAAAUCAUCUUGCUGUCUCUCGCCCUUCAUCUUGCCCUCAUCCUCUACGCUGACCACGUUGAUUCUCAUCCAGAACGCUAUGGAGGUCUAAGAUACACGGAUGUCGACUGGAGGGUGGUCACAGAUGGUGCCCGGCUGAUAUUCAUUCCCACUGAAAAAGAGCAGGCAAAAGGGUGGCUCGUGAAGAAAAUUGGGUUGUCCAUUGGGGAUCCUUAUGACCGAGCCACAUUCCGAUAUACGCCUUUGCUCCCACUAUUCCUCUCUCCCGCCCUCAUCCAUCCACUACUGGGCAAAUGUCUUUUGGCUCUCCCCUCUUUACUAAUACCUCUGCUGCUUCUUACGGGACCAGACCCAGCACCCUUCUGGCCCACACACCUUUUAUGGACGAUCAAUCCUUUCGUCUUGAGCAUUACGACUCGGGGGUCGCCUGAAGCGGCUAUCUGCUUCCUUGUAGUUACUCUGCAUUACUUUCUCCGACUAGGCAGCAGGAACGAGAAAAAGGGGGCCGGAGAGACCCGAGCUGCCAUCGUGCUGGCUUUAGCUGUGAGCUGGAAAAUUUACCCAGCUAUCUACAUUCCCGCGAUUUGGAAGGAGCUCUCUGCAAGGUGGGGAUGGUUCGGUAUGAGGGUCUGGCGCUUUGGCCUCAUUGUCGCAUCUAGCUUUGUGUUGAUCAACGGAGCACUCUGGUCUAUGUGGGUGCAUUUCUGCGAGUUAACGCAUUAUUGUAGAGGUAUCCCACUGAUAAUGAAAGUAGAUGGGGACAGCCCUUCCUUGACCAUACCUAUCUCUACCACCUGUCCCGACUCGAUCACCGACACAACUUUUCGCCAUACUUUUAUCCCAUCUACCUAUCCUUCUUCCCGUCACCAACCGCCUCGCCUUUACCUUCUGCGCUCCUUGCCGUCAUCCGACAUCCUCUGACAUCAUUCCUACCUCAGAUCAGUCUCAUUAUUACCACAUCGCUGUCCACCUCUUCGUUAUGUUUCGCAAUGUUUCUUCAAACGGCUCUGUUUGUGGCGUUCAACAAAGUCUGCACCUCGCAAUAUUUCACGUGGUUUCUCCCCCUACUGCCCCCUGUUAUACCACAACUACGUUUAUCCCGACAAAAGACUGCGGCUCUGGUCGUAGCAUGGAUCCUUGCACAAGGUGUAUGGUUGGGAUCAGCGUACCUGUUGGAACUGAGGGCGCAGAGUGUUUACAUUUUUGUAUGGGCAGCGGGCUUGUUGGUAUUUGGCGUCAGCAUAUAUCUUUUGGGUAAUGUCGUUGAUGGCUGGGAGCCGGCGCGUACAAGUAAAACCAAAUUAGAAUAAAAUACGAGAUGUAACUGUAGGACAGUCGCAUACUGUAAUGUAACAGCGGAAUCUAGAUGAUUUUCCCUUCCCAGAUACCCC